UGGUAUUCUCUUUUUUUUCCAUAUUUUAGACUCUUUACAAAUGUUAUUUGAACUUCCAAAAGAUUUCACCGAGACGUUGGCCAACAAAUACGAGUCAGCAGUCGCUGAUAACUCAGUUGUAUUUUCUGACAAAGUCACCAAUGAGUUAGUCAACAAUACUAUUGGUGAGGGCGAAACCUCAACAAAGGUUGAUUUCCAACUUACCAUUCUCCAAUCCUUGCAGCAUCGGCCCACAGGAACCGUGGAUAAGAACCCAUUCGAAAAUCCAGAACCUGAAUUAACUGUGGUGGAAAAGUACGGACCUGAUGAUGAAUUCCGAAUUGUAUUCAACAAAUUCCCAGUCGUACCGCGUCACUUUAUGAUCGUCACCCGUGAGUUCAAGUCUCAAAAUACCCCAUUAUCGUUGAAUGAGUUGGUUGGCGCAUACACCCUCUUGGCACGUCUUCGUAAGGAUGAUUCCGACCAUGACUGGAUGGCCUUCUACAACUGUGGACCGGAGAGUGGUGCCUCGCAACCUCACAAGCAUAUUCAAUUCAUGACCAUUCCAGACCUGUUUGCACCAUUUGCCAGCCAAUUGGCUGACACCACUGAAGCUUUUCUUCCCAACGAUAAGGAGGAACCUUUGGUGAAUGCAGAUAUCCCAUUCGCCCACUUUGUGGCCCGUCUUCCAGACAGUUCCGAAGACCUUCUUCUGGACCCUGAAGAUUUGACCAUGUACUUUGUGUCGCUUCUUCAAAGGGUUCUUACUGUGCUUAAAGAGAAUGAAGCUUCUCACGUUUCCUACAACUUCAUCAUGACCACCAAAUACAUGAUGUUGGUGCCACGUUCGCAUGCCAAGUACGAGGAUCUCGGGAUCAACAGUUGCGGCUAUGCUGGGCUCAUAUUGUGCAAGAACGAAGAAUUGCACUCACUUGUUACUAAGGUUAGUCCGGUAGCUAUCCUCGAUGCAUGUGGCUUCCCUAACACCAAAAAGGACCACAGUGAUGAAUAUAAAUAUUAGAGAAUAUAUAGUGAUUAAGAUUACUCAUUACAC